GUGUCCCCAGCUAUAAAACAAGGCGUGCGUGUGUCUAGUCACUACAUUCACCAGCGACUCACAGACGAGAAGUCAUAACCUGCUCGCUACUCUUGAAGCCUUUUGGAAGAAGGAAAACGUCGAUAAAAUGGAUCCCUGCGAAUGCUCCAAGACUGGGACUUGCAACUGCGGUGCCACCUGCAAGUGCACUAACUGUCAGUGUACCUCUUGCAAGAAGAGCUGCUGCACCUGCUGUCCAUCCGGCUGCAGCAAGUGCGCAUCUGGAUGCGUGUGCAAGGACAACGCAUGUGAUUCCAGUUGCUGCCAAUGAGCUAUAGCAGAUUCCUGAACGCUUUUUUUCCAACAUGAUUGUCUUGCUUGUGGUUUCUCAAUGCUAAGUCGCCUUGCAUUUAGAAGGUGUUUUGUCAUUGAACAUGUCUUUUUUCAUUUAUGUUGAAUAAAUGUCUAUCUAAUAUCAA